AUGGACUUCCUUCUAAGAAGACAUUGGGUAAAGGAGCCGUCAGAACUGCGAGCAUAUGAGCAAUAUCAUAGUCUGUGUACCGCUGACGACUCCCAACCACUGGAGUGGCAACCCAGCUAUCCUACGAGACAACCCAUGGUAACGAGAGACAACACACGACAUUGCAUGAGUGGCGAGCCUGCGGUCUUGUCCUUUCGAUGGCUACGAGAACCACCAACGUAUGGCGGCGGCAUUCAUACGUUCGUGUGGCAGCCCCUCUCGCAAAGGCCGACCACGGACUGGGCACAGAUGGUCGUGCUCAAGAAGCACGACAGUCCCUUUUCCCACAGGAAGAUCGUAUGCACUCUAAGCUCCGCUAACGUACAGCAAAGAGUGCGAGAGGCUCAGGUUGCAACAUGGGGGUAUCCUGGAGGUGAUCAAUCAGCGGCAGCCCAGUUCUUAUGGCUUCUUUGCGGCCUGACCCGGGCAAUAAGGGAUGACAGCGCCGAAUGCAUGAGGCGCGCGUCUCGAAUUGUGAACGACAUGGUACGAGCUCCCGAACGUGCCCGUAUGUAUUGCUGCUGACUGAAGUGCUGGCGCUAUCUGGCCGCGACCAUCCCUCGGGGUGGAAGAUCAAGUAUCUCAUACAUUUACAGGAGAACUUGUCAAGUGCCUCGGGAGGAUUGACAGCAGCAGCUGAGACAGGUCUUAGCGUGCUAUCCGAGCAGUUGCAAAGUCCCGAGCUUAUUGAGCCAUCUUCGGUCUUGCGGCAGCACAUGCUCGACAUGAGGUACUUGGCAGAAGAAAUUCAGCAGCUCGCCUCAAGGAUAGACCCUGUGCGACACACUAUCAAGGAACAAUCCGAGCUGGCAUCGGCUUUUUGGAGCUCAAUCCUGGCGUUUUUGCUUGGCAUCUGGGUACCGCUGUCCUUUACCACUUCUGUCUUUGGUAUGAACAUCCAGGCCAGUGGGAACACCACUUUCUGGACCAACACUUCGACGUUUCCAAGCCCGCCGUUUCCGACGGACACUAGUGGCAACUCUUCGAAUGGCAGAGUGACGUGGCAGCUGACCACCACCGACAACGCAGGCACGGAGGCAUGGACCUGGAAUACUUUCUUCGUGGUAGCCAUACCACUUGUAUUCGGUACGCUUGUAAUGCCAUUCGUUGCCGGCACGACCGUGCGAUGGACGCUGCAGUACGCACACUCGCACCGUUUCGUCGGUCGUCUGCUUAUAGUACCUAUCCUAGCUCUGGGGCCUCUCGGUGUACUUAUACUGCUCGACCGCUUCCUUCCAGAGCUUGAAGCAGUGAUCACAACCCUGCUACAAAUUUGGCACAUCGUUGUGGCGGUCUAUAUGAAGAGAUGGACGAUGCUGAUCGCUUGGAUACUGGUAGUGGUUUGUAUGAUCAUCGUGGAUCUACUCGGGUUCUGGUUGUUCGUCGCCCCAAUGUUAGAUGUGGUCAUAUUCUCGGGCCUUUGGCUGGGCUGGCCGCAUUACUAUGUCGGAUGGCGUACGGUUCACGAAGAAUGGAACGAGCGGAGGAAAGCGAAGGCAAGGUUGCACUAAUCGCCGCCG